AUGGCUCGCGUCGUGCCCCGCGCAAGGGGGUGCUACAGCCGAUGGUUCAGCACGAUCGACACGGAGGAGUUCAAGUGCAUGCUGCUGGUGGACGGAUGCUUCCUGCACUCGCGCUUCGUCCCCAGCAGAGCAGCACCAGCGCCCGUCAACGACGACAUCACGGUCGACCGCGACAUCGUCUUCCUCCUCGAGAACCAGCUGCCCUUCUUCGUCCUGGUGGAGGUCCAGAAGCUAAUCAGGGCUGAUGCCGAGGAUAGCUAUUCCGUUGUCGUCGACAACGUCCUAGGGCGCAUCCAAGCGCUGGUCCGGCUUAACGAGUACAGCGCCGUCACGGUGCCCCGCCCCACCACUCCUCCUUGCCACCUUCUUCACCUGCUCUACAUGUACUUCCGGCCUACAGCCCUGCCCCUGAACGACGCCCCGGCUCCGGCUAUUCCUCGGACGAGGAGUGCCGUUGCUGCUGCGCCUCCACCUUCGUCGCAGCCGGCUCCGAUCCCGCUGCUUCCUCUCGGCAACAACCGGGGCGCCGCUGCAAAUGGAAACGGCGCAGCCAAUGAGGCCAUCCCCCCACCACCACCUGGGGCCCCCGUGCGCCAGACGCGUUGGCGCGCGGCGACGUACUACCACACAGCCGGCGUGAGGUUCAUGGCGCGGAAGGUUGGCAGCGGCGACGGCGAGGCGCGAUCCAUCCUGGACGUGGGGCGGAGAGGAGACUGGCUCCACAUCCCUGUUCUGGCGAUCGACAACAACACGUUCCGGAUGCUGCGCAACAUGGUGGCACUGGAGCAGAACAGCCCGCAGCUUCGCAGCUCCCACGUCACGGCCUACUGCCUCUUCAUGUCGCAGCUGGCCAGCACCAAGGAAGACGUGGAGCUCCUCGUCGCCAAAGGGGUCAUCGUGCACCUGCUCCACAGCGCCGACGAUGUCGCGGCGAACCUGGCCGGGCUCUGCGACGGCGUUGUCCUCGACGCGUACGACCGGCACUUGUGCUACCUCAGGGCGGAGCAUGCGGCGCUCGAGGAGGUCUGCCGGGACGGCUGGAAGAAGUCCAAGGCGUGGCUGCGGCACACCAAGUGCAACAACUAUUUGAUGGGGCUGGCCGUCCUCGCCGGUGCCGGCCUCUUCUUUUGCACGGUCGAGCAAUCGGUCUUUGCUGCGCUAAGCUAUUUUCAAGAGAAAAAAUAA